UACUGUCAGUUUUUUGGUUUACGUCAGAGUUAAACGAUAAACAUGUGGAUUGUAGGUAUAAAAAGAUCGUGAAAGAUAACACGGACUUACUACAAAACACAGCUUGAAAUAUGUGUUCAAAAUAGUACUUACUUUGGUAACUGGAUACUUAAAAAAUAAAUUUCAAAGAUGAUUCAGGGAUACGGUGCUGUGACGCAGGCCCUUCUCGGCACCCUUCUGACGUGGGGUCUCACAGCCGCUGGAGCCGCUUGUGUGUUUUUCAUACGAGGAAAACAUCGGAAGCUGCUGGAUGUGUCAUUAGGCUUUGCCGCAGGUGUAAUGACGGCAGCCUCGUACUGGUCUCUCUUAGAGCCUGCUAUACAGAUGUGUGAAGAGUCAGGCUAUUAUGGUGAUAAAGGACAAUAUGCAUUUGUUCCCGUUGCAGUGGGGUUCCUAUUCGGAGCCAUAUUUGUGUUUGCAACUGACAGAUUUUUGGAUUAUUUGGGAAUCAACUCAACAAAUAUGAUGAUAACAAUAACGAAAAGCAAAGACUCCAAAGAGAAGCUAGAAGACUUAGAAAUGAUGACAGCUCUGAACAGGCGGACAUCUAACCCUACAGUGGUUACUCUGGAACAACCCAUAGAGUUUACUGAUUGCAUAUCCAACCAGCACACGGCGCAAAGGCGGCGUGGUCAUCACCAAUCCCAAAACUCAUUGAAAACAGACGGCGGCGAUGGCGACCGCCGCGAUAGCUUGCAGCGCACGCUGGAGGCGCGACAGUCGCAGUGGAAAAGGAUAAUGCUCCUGGUAGUAGCUAUCACAGUCCACAACAUACCAGAGGGCCUGGCGGUGGGCGUCGGCUUCGGCGCCGCGGCGUCAUCAUCAAAAGCCUCCUUCCAGAGUGCCAGAAACUUGGCGAUUGGAAUCGGCAUCCAGAACUUCCCGGAGGGCUUAGCGGUCAGCUUGCCACUGCAGUCCGCAGGUUUCUCCGUAUGGAGAGCAUUUUGGUACGGACAGCUAUCGGGCAUGGUGGAGCCGGUGUUCGGCGUGCUGGGCGCGGUGGCCGUGGCGGCGGCGCAGCCUGCGCUACCCUACGCGCUGGCCUUCGCCGCGGGCGCCAUGAUCUACGUCGUAGCCGAUGACAUCAUUCCAGAGGCUAAUGCAUCUGGCAACGGAAAGCUGGCGACAUGGGGCUGCAUCGUGGGCUUCAUGGUCAUGAUGUGUCUCGACGUGGGACUGGGGUAAGCGCCCGCGCACCGUGCCUUCAUCACUCGUACAUUACCGACAACGUGCACUGCCUCACGAAUAAACCUUCCACACUACAGACUGCAAACGCUGAGUGUAAGUUCAAAUGCAUGUUUACUGACGCAAAUCUGCCAAAAUUGUACGGAGCGGAGAUAUCAAAUAAAGUUCCGGUUGCUCGAUUACGAUGAAAUGACAGCCACAAUGUCACGUUCACUCGCUCAUUAUUGGCUACAGUGCAUUGUUGUAACAAGAAUGCCAGAAAUUUAGCCAAUCACAAACCUUGUGCACGCCACUGCAUUUCGACAUAAACUAUAAUAAUAUCCAGGAUAAUUUUGAAAUAUGUGACAUAACUUUGAAGUAUUAACUUCAUGUAUUCUACCGUGUUCACAGUUUGUAGGGUGAAAGCACCCUCGACUUACCAAAAUAGCUAAUUUUAAAUGUGCCGAAAAAAUGUGACAUGGUUUGAAAUGUUAUUGAUUUGUAUACUUACUCGUACCUAUGCCAAAUACAUGCAUAACCAGCUGUUGAAGGGGAUGACUAUUCUUAGAAAAGAAUUCCUAGUUGGAUAUAAGUUAAGGCUGAAACAAACAGAACGCGAAACUGCAACUACACUGCAGGGCCUUAUUUAUCAGAAAUUAUAGUGAUAGAUGACAGGUGACAAUACAACAAUAACACUUAAGUAAAAAAAAUUGUGGCUUAAAUAUGUCAUGGUGGAAAAACGACUUUGUUAAAUUUGUUAAAUUUGUUGUUGCGACUAUUAAACUAUUUCUGUUUAGUAAAAAGUUUCCGCUGGCUGGUGACCAGUGACAUUACAUACAAAAAUUGUAGAGUGACAAUUUUUUUAAGACCACAAAACUUUGCGGAAGGAUAUUUAUUAUAUCGGAAGUCCAACUCCUCAUAUUAUUUUGUUAACUAAAUUCCGCCCGGUCUACAAAAUCUGUUAUAACAAUGCGACAAUUUUGACAAAUUCGAUAAAUAUGUCGCAUUACGUGUCGCGUUAAUUAAUAAAUAGAAUUUGACAUACGCGUUUACAAUUUGUAAUACAAGGAUGUAGUGAAGCAUUUCAAACUACAACGUAGAACUGUGAUGCCAUUGACGCUCGACUACAGAAGCACGACUCUAACACGCUCUAUGAAGAGCGAAUGCCUUCACAAAGUUCUUUCUAUUAUGAAGCCGUGUCGUAGUCGUCGCGCAUCUAGUUUGUUUCAGCCUUUAUUCACAUACAGUGGAAGAAUUUUACUAUUGUAACAUCUUUACUUUAUCCUUCCAAUUAAUACUUAAGUUUGUAGGAGCGCUCGUGAACAGUUAAAAGUUGUAUGACUAUAUGAUAUACUACUUGUUACUGUAUAGUUUAUUGCUUUGUUCGUAUAGAGUUUAAUUACUUAUGCAGCUGCUUGCGCGAGUUUCCUGUAUACAGUAGCUACGUUUAAUAGACUAUAUCUUUAAGUGUAAAGUUGUAAAUACACAGGCUAUUUGGAUAUUCCUUAUUAGGCCUGCCACUAAGGCUGCACAAAAUUGAAAUAAAAAUAAUUAAGAUCCGUAUCGUUAAUAGGAAGGCGUUUUGCUGUAUUAUCUUCAUUUAAUUAACUCUAUGUACUUAUAUCAAACCAAAAAAUGUGGGUGCUGUAAACUGUAUAGUAGUAAUAAAGACAAUGCUUAGGGCGCAUUCACAUUAGUCGCACAAUAGCAUUGCGGCUGCAUUAGGAAAGUUCAUUUACUCAAAUCAACAACUGUUUAUCAAACGUCAAAUUACGCGCUUAGUAUGGGAGUUUGUAUGAAAUAGUAAAAUAUGUGACGUCAUAAACAUUUGGCGUACCUUUUACAAGGAUUUUACGUAUUUCGGAACUUACUUUCUUUUUGACACAGGAAACAUCCCAAAUCCCAAUGAAUUAGCGCUCUUUGCAGGGGUAGAGGGAAAGUGAUUGCGCGACCGCAUUCAUGCAAUCGCGCGACUCUAUGCGACUAAUUUGACUGCGUCCUUAAUGAGGAUCGGGAAAGUAUUCGAUGGUAUCUAAUGUAAAAAAGCGGUUACUGUCUUUUCACUAAAUAAUACGAAAACUGUAAUCUAUUUGUUUAAGUAUUUUAUUGUAAUUUCUGUAAAAGUUAGGUUUCAUACAGUUCCUUUAGCACAAAGAAUUGAAGUAUGCUGUUGUGAAUGUUUUCAUAUUACAGUAAAAGUAUUAGGUUUUUUAGAGGCAAUAACCAAUAUCUGGUUAUAUGAAAUAGGAUAUUUAAUGUGUUGGUUGAAGGCAAAAUGAUUUUAACUUUACUACUCUGGCGCUACAAAACGGAUAUACUUGAUUAUUAUUUAUAGUUUAUUUAAUUUUAUUAAGUUUUAAUUAAUAUUAAACAUAAAUUAUAUUAUAUUUAUUAAUCGUAUAAAUAUUACCUACUUAAUUCCUAGUAGAAAUUAUUAAAACUUAUUGAAAUUGCACUUCUUAUCUAUUUUUAUUUCGAAUUACUAUCGUAACAUUUUGAAAUUGUGAAAUGUAUGUGACUACAAGUGAUCUUAUUCGAUGUUACAAAAUAGGAUCAUGAAUAGCAAUUUAUUAAAAAAGGACAAUAUUUACGUAUUUUAAUAAGUGAUAAAUGACAUAUUUUAUAAGUCAAUUGUUAUAAAAUAUAAUAAAUAUUAUAUAAUAUACAUAGUUAUAAUAAUAUCUCUCAAUAUGUAAAAUAAUUAUGGUAUAAAAUCGAGCGCAAUACUCUUUUUAUACGAAAACAGUAUUGUUAGUUUCCAUUUUACAGAAUAACUACUUUAAAAUGUGUUUAUUUAAUAUUUUUUUUUUGUAAAAUUACGAAUUUAUAAUUAAUUGUAAAAUAGUCUGAAUAAUACAUUCAUUAUAAUAUAAUUAUAGUCCGGUGCAAUUUGUAAAAUAGUUAACGUAAUUAAUUGUUAAUUUUUAUAAUUAAAUUUUUAUUGAAAUAUAUUGUAAUAUUACA